GAAAGUGCUUCAGUGCGCUCCUGAGGCAGCCGCAGUUCCUGAGAAGGCGCGACGAGACCUGCAGACACGCUGACGCCUCAGAGCGUCGCCUGGGGCCGGGAGCGGCCGGAGCAGCCCGAGUCCUGACCCCGGCCCGGCUCCCGCUCCGGGCUCGGCCGGCGGGCGUAAGGGCGCCGCGGGGCCCGGGCCGGGGGGAGGGAUGUCUCGGCGGACGCGCUGUGAGGAGCUGGAUGAGUUACACUACCAGGAUGCAGACUCAGACCUCCUGGAGCAGAGAGACAACAAGUGCAAGGUCAAAUGGACCCAUGAGGAGGAUGAACAACUGAGGGCCCUGGUGAGGCAGUUUGGACAACAAGACUGGAAGUUCCUGGCCAGCCACUUUCCUAACCGCACAGACCAGCAGUGCCAAUACCGGUGGCUGAGGGUUUUGAAUCCAGACCUUGUGAAGGGACCAUGGACCAAAGAGGAAGAUCAGAAGGUCAUUGAGCUGGUGAAGAAGUACGGCACAAAGCAGUGGACGUUGAUUGCCAAGCACCUGAAGGGCCGCCUGGGGAAGCAGUGCCGUGAGAGAUGGCACAACCACCUCAACCCUGAGGUGAAAAAGUCCUGCUGGACCGAGGAGGAAGAUCGCAUAAUUUGUGAAGCCCAUAAAGUGCUGGGCAACCGCUGGGCUGAGAUCGCCAAGAUGCUGCCAGGGAGGACAGACAAUGCUGUGAAGAAUCACUGGAACUCGACCAUCAAAAGGAAAGUAGACACAGGAGGCUUCCCAAACGAGUCCAGAGACUGCAAGCCUGUCUACUUGCUUUUGGAACUGGAGGACAAGGAUCACCACCAGAGUGCCCAGCCUGUGGAAGGCCAGGGAAAUCUUAUGACCAGCUGGCCCCUAGCACCCUCUGCUGUGAAGGAGGAAGAGAUCAGUGAGGAGGAGGCUGCCGCAGCUGUUACUUCUACUAAUGAGCAUGAGCCUGUCCCUGCUGAUCUGGGAGAAGUGCAUACCCCAGAGACCCUGGAAUUCCUCAAGCGUGAAUACCAGGAGGACUCCUCGCCAGAGACGAGCUUGCCCUACAAAUGGGUGGUGGAGGCGGCGAACCUCCUCAUCCCUGCUGUAGGGUCCAGUCUCUCUGAAGCCCUGGACUUUAUCGAAUCGGACCCUGAUGCUUGGUGUGACCUGAGUAAAUUUGAUCUUCCUGAGGAAGCAUCUGCAGAGGGCAGUGUCAACAGCAGCCCGGUGCAGCCCCAGACAUCUCAGCAGCAGCAGGCACUGUCAUCUCACCAGGCCGCCACACCGGGGCCCAACAUGACUGAGUAUCGGCUCGAUGGCCACACUAUUUCAGACCUCAGCCGGAGCAGCCGGGGCGAGCUGAUCCCUAUUUCCCCUAGCACCGAGGUUGGGGUCUCAGGGAUUGGCACACCACCCUCAGUGCUCAAGCGACAGAAGAAACGGCGAGUGGCCCUUUCGCCCGUCACAGAGAACAGUGCCAGCCUGUCCUUCCUGGACUCCUGUAACAGUCUUACCCCGAAGAGCACACCUGUCAAAACCCUUCCCUUCUCUCCUUCCCAGUUUCUGAACUUCUGGAACAAACAGGAUACGCUGGAGUUGGAGAGCCCCUCCCUGACGUCCACUCCAGUGUGCAGCCAAAAGGUGGUGGUCACCACACCCUUGCAUAGGGAUAAGACGCCUCUGCACCAGAAGUACCCAUCGUUUGUGACCCCAGAUCAGAAAUACUCCAUGGACAACACUCCCCACACGCCAACCCCAUUCAAGAAUGCCCUGGAGAAGUAUGGACCGCUGAAGCCCCUGCCCCAGACUCCACACCUGGAAGAGGACUUGAAAGAAGUGCUACGUUCUGAGGCUGGCAUUGAGCUCAUCAUUGAGGAUGAUGUGAGGCCUGAGAAGCAGAAAAGAAAGCCCGGGCUGCGGCGAAGCCCUGUCAAGAAAGUCCGAAAGUCUCUGGCUCUUGACAUUGUGGAUGAAGAUGGGAAGCUGAUGUCGUCUACACUGCCUAAAACUCUAUCUCUGCCAACCAGCAUCCCAUCCAGCUCCUCUAGCUUCGCCCUGCCAGGUAUCAAAGAGGAUAACAGCCUGCUCAACCAGGGUUUCCUACAGGCCAAACCAGAGAAGGUGGUGCCCGCCCAGAAGCCCCGGAGCCACAUUCGGAGCCACAUUCCAGCCCCUGCUCCUAUGACCAACGCCUGGAAGAUAGUGGCCUGCGGGGGCACCAAAGACCAGCUCUUCAUGCAAGAGAAAGCCCGGCAGCUCCUGGGCCGCCUGAAGCCCAGCCACACAUCUCGGACCCUCAUUCUGUCCUGAAGGGCUUGGAGGGCACAAGCCUGCUCUCAUGUUUACAGGGACUAGAGUGGGGGGUGAGGUGUGCAUUAAAGCCACAGUCAAGUGACCAGCUUUGGGAGGUCUGCUGCUGCCAGCCCCUCAGACUACUCAGGCGGCAGCGGACGGAACACACUAUAUCCUGUCCACAGGUCUAGCUUUGGGAAGUUCCUGGUGCUAACAGAACAAAGGCCGAUUCCUGGGCCUGCCUGUCCUGUCCCCAAUGCCACGAGAAGCCCUGUUAGGGUCUUCCAAGCUCUCCUUAAGCCUGGCCUCAUCUCAGACCCCUGCUUAGGAUCAGGGACUUGGCUAGGGGCGCUCCUUUUCUUAUCCCCUGUUGGUACAUUGCCUCAAUAAUAAAAUACCAUUCUCCCUAUUCA